CUCAACAACGCAGUUGGGGCAUGGAAGCGUCAAAGUCAACAUUGUUAAAUUUCGAUAAUUAAAAAAAUUGAUUAACAGCAUUUUUUGCUGUUUAUCGUUCAAGAAAGAUUUAGAAAAAUGUACGCGGCUCAUGUGAUCAACGACGGUGAUUUCACCAAAACCAUUUACACCUUGAUAAAGGAGAAUCGGUUCAGCGACGCAAUUAAAGUCCUUCACGGAAUUCCCGAGUCCAACUGCAGCAGGGCUGGAUUAUCGCUUUUAGCUUAUUGCUACUUUUACAUCCAAGACUUUAACAAUGCCUCAAGCUACUACGAACAACUAACAGAAAUAUAUCCUGAUAAUGACGAUUACAAGUUGUAUUAUGCACAGUCACUGUACCAAGCUUGCUUGUAUGAUCAGGCCUUUCAGGCCUCAAAUAAAAUAGUCGACAACCCUGAAUACAAAUCCCAAAUAAUGAAGCUACAAGCCGCCAUAAAAUACAGCCAGGACGACGUUUUAUCAGUGAGAAACUUGGUGGAUUCCUGCUCGUCAGAAGAUCCUGACAAAGAAGUCAAUUUGGCUUGCUUGCUUUAUAAGGAUGGCAACUAUGAAGAAGCUCUGGCAAAAUUUACGACCGCUUUACAGAACCAAGGCUUCAAGCCUUACCUGGCCUAUAAUAUAGCCUUGUGUUACUACAAGCUGAAGGAUUACGGACCAUCUCUGAAGUUUUGCGCUGAUAUAAUUGAAAAAGGCAUUCGAGAUCAUCCGGAGUUAAGCAUCGGAAUGCAAACCGAAGGAAUCGAAGUUCGCUCGGUUGGAAACACCUUAACACUGCAUGAAACUUCGCUAACCGAAGCCUUCAAUCUGAAAGCUGCAAUCGAAUUCCAGCUGAAAAAUCUUGAAGCAGCGCGGGAGGCUCUUACGGACAUGCCACCAAGGGCGGAAUAUGAAUUAGACGCAGUCACUCUCCACAAUCAGGCCCUGGUGAAUUUCGACCAAAACCCGACGGAAGGCUUUGAAAAACUGCAGUUUUUACUGCAACAAAACCCAUUUCCUCCGGAAACAUUUGCCAACUUGUUGCUGCUCUACUGCCAGCACGAAUGCUACGAUCUAGCGGCUGAUAUUCUAGCUGAAAACGCCCAUUUAACUUACAAGUACCUCACCCCGUAUUUGUAUGAUUUUCUCGAUGGAAUUAUCACUCAACAAACAUCGCCUAGUGAGGCCUAUCAGAAGUUUGACGAGCUGGCAAGCAGACACACUGAGCAGCUGAGAAAGUUGGCGAAACAAGUACAGGAACAUCGAAAUCGAGGCGAUAUUGAAGUGGUUAAAAAGGCAAUCAUGGAGUACGAAGAUUGUCUCGAAAGAUAUAUCCCUGUCUUGAUGGCCCAAGCAAAAAUCUACUGGGACUUGGAAAACUAUCCUCAGGUGGAGAAAAUCUUCCGGAAAAGCGCAGAGUUUUGCAACGAGCACGAUACAUGGAGACUCAACGUUGCCCAUGUGCUUUUCAUGCAAGAGAACAAGUUCAAAGAAGCUACAGGGUUCUAUGAGCCAUUAGUAAAGAAGAACCAUUCAGAACUGCUGAAUGUAAACGCCAUAGUUUUGGCCAAUUUAUGCGUCUCGUACAUAAUGACGUCGCAAAACGAAGAAGCUGAGGAACUAAUGAGGAAAAUUGAGAAGGAAGAGGAUCAGAUGUCGUUUGAGGAACCAGACAAAAAAUACUUUCAUCAUUGCAUAAUAAAUCUUGUUAUAGGCACUUUGUACUGUUCCAAAGGCAACUACGAAUUCGGUAUAUCACGCGUUAUGAAGUCUUUGGAACCAUACAAUAAAAAGCUGGGUACUGAUACAUGGUUCUACACCAAACGGUGUUUUCUAAGCUUAAUUGAGAACAUGGCAAAACAUAUGAUUGUUUUACGGGAUUCGAUUAUACAAGAAUCAAUUCAGUUUUUGGAAAGUUGCGAAAUACAUGGAAAAUCAGUGCGGACUGUCGCAUAUCCGACAAUAUCCGAAGAGAAUGACGUUCCAAAUGGAAAAGAAACUGUGAGCUAUGAGGCGCGGCAAUUGAAACACUUACUUCUAAAGUUGCAGGAUUAUUAGUAAGUUGCUACUAAGGCUAACGACCUAACAGGAAAUUAGAAAUUUUUUGCAAAGUU